AUGUGCCUGACAGGAACAAAUGCUAAGCAUGGACUGCGCUGCAAAGCCUGUAAGAUGAGCAUCCACCACAAGUGCACAGACGGCCUGGCACCCCAGCGGUGCAUGGGCAAGCUGCCCAAGGGGUUUCGGCGUUACUACAGCUCCCCCUUGCUCAUCAAUGAACAAUUUGGAUGCAUUAAAGAAGUUAUGCCCAUUGCCUGUGGCAAUAAGGUGGACCCUGUGUACGAGACCCUCCGCUUCGGCACCUCCCUGGCCCAGAGAACAAAGAAGAGCAGCUCCGGCAGUGGCUCUGAUUCACCUCACAGAACCUCUACUUCGGAUCUUGUGGAGGUUCCUGAAGAAACCAAUGGGCCAGGAGAUGGGCAUGACCUAAGAACACGCAGCAACAGUGUGUUUACGUAUCCAGAAAAUGGCACUGACGAUUUCAGAGACCAAGCAAAGAACAUAAACCACCAGGGACCUCUUUCCAAAGACCCAUUACAGAUGAACACCUACGUUGCCUUGUACAAAUUUGUACCACAGGAAAAUGAAGACUUGGAAAUGAGGCCAGGAGACAUGAUUACUCUUCUAGAGGAUUCUAAUGAAGACUGGUGGAAAGGGAGAAUUCAAGAUAGGAUUGGCUUCUUUCCAGCCAACUUUGUUCAGAGAGUACAAGAAAAUGAGAAGAUUUUCAGAUGUGUUAGAACCUUCCUCGGGUGUAAGGAACAAGGGCAGAUAACACUGAAGGAGAAUCAGAUCUGCGUGAGUUCUGAAGAAGAACAAGAUGGCUUUAUUAGAGUCCUCAGUGGAAAGAAGAGAGGCCUUGUCCCCCUCGAUGUCCUAGAGAACAUCUGAUUGCUGGCCCCUCCUCCUUCUGCAACAGGCAAGCUCUGCUGCAAUGCCUUCUGCCUCAUCUCACACUGUGUCAACCCAGAGGAGCUGCCAUACUGACCCAGCCCCCAGGAAACAGUGAGACAGCACUCGAGGAUCUGAGACUGCGGAGUAGCAGCUGCAAAGCAGAGAGCCCAUCGCACAGCAUAUUCAGGCUGCCCAAAGUGGGGACAAGGCUCAGAGAGUUGGCUGGCAGAGCCAAGUGCCAUACCUGGCUGCAGCAGCAGGGCUGCAAACCACAGCUGACCCCCCCCUCCCCAGGACCUAACUCCUUCCCUGUCCAUGUGGUAUAAGUUAACACACUGGAGUGUGCUCCAGGUUGCCGUGUGGCCCCAAUGUGAGGUUCAAAUUCAUGUAGCCAAGUGUUAUGCUGAUUCCAGACCCUGGUCCCCAGUACCGGCCAGUUAACAUCAUCACAUUUCAGAUCACAAGCGGUCUCUCUGCAGAGCAUCAGGAAGGCCUACUUUCUAGCCCCCACCAUUCCAGUGCUCCCCCAGGCCCCCUUCACUUUGCGAUUAUGCAAUUCAGAGUAGCUGACUUGUUCUUUCUUUCUCUUCAGUCCUCUGAGUAAGUCCUUGUGGUAUGCAUUAGAUGCAAAGGCUAAGUUUACUUGGCACCAGCUGCAAAGACCUGAUCUGCCCAAAGGUUGUUGACAGACGGUCUUUCCUUCUGCUCUAGUUACCAACGGAGGUGACAGAGCAGGAUACGAGGCAUAGAUACAGGAGGAGGGCCAGCAGGAGCAUGGUGGGGCAAAGAGUCCUCAUUUAUUGAAGAUUAAACAGCCCUCUCAUUUAUGAUGCCCUUCCUGAAGGCGAUGGAGCUCAGGAAGAGAAUGUGGCAAAAAGUCUUGGUGACAAACUCCAUUUUCGUCUGGCAUCCUCUGUACUGGGGGUGGUGUUCUCCCUUCAUGCCAUCCUUCAGGACUCCAUUUUGGAGACUGAGCCCACCUUGCAGGGAACCAGAGACAUGGAGAGGAUCCAACAGCAGCAUCUUAGAAGAAUUAUAGCCAAAUUGGAAUCCAUUCUCCUUUAGAGCAGUAUAUGAUAACCUAGCAGAUGUAAAAUGAAAAAUAAUACUUCUGCUUCAUUCUCUGAAAGUAGGAGAACUUGGGCCUAGCUAAGAUCAUCUAGGGGAAUCUCUCUUACUCUGCACUUGUGCUAAUGUUUACAAGAAUGCUGUAUACUGUGAUGCCUUCCUCCUCAAGUCUCUUCUUCGCACUCAAACUUGCAUCCUAUUAGUUAUUAAUAUGGUUAAACUUCAAUUCCCUAUGACCUUUGGAUCAAUGUCAGUUUGAUUUAUUUUGUUACAAAGCAAUAAAAUCAUUACAACAAUUGGUUUUCAAAAGACUUAUGUGGAUGCAUUCUGUGCAUGUAAGCAUUAUUUCCCAAACCAAAGCAUCAUUAGUCUCCAUUUAUUUCUUUUGUGACUGCUCAGUGUGAAGUUGGGAGCAGGGACAGGAUAGCUGCUGGUUCCACAGUAGUUUGGAUGCCUUACUCUCAUUUUAAAGCCAGCAUCCAGAAUUUUCUCCCUCUCUGCUAUAACGUGUGAAACCAGGUGUACAGAGUCAAGAUGGAUUCUUUGAGAGCCAGCGUGGAUAAUAUGACUGCAUUUCUGUAAAACUGAAUGCAGAGUAUAAACGCUCUUUGCCUCUAAUUCAAUAUUCCAUUUAAUAAAGACAGCACAGUGGCUGGAAAGAGCAU